AUGUCCGACUUUGGCCCUCGUGCCCCUCAUGGGCCCGACAUGUCGGGAACCCAUAACCCGCUGGAGGAUAUGGAUGUUCAUGAGAAGGGUGCUUUCGACCAGCUGAUCCGACCCGACGAUUGCUACACCCAGGACGGGAUCUAUUGGGCUGAUCUGCCGCUGAUGAAGAAGAUCAAGUUCGUCAGCUCCUACGAUGCCCUUGAGGCCAAGCGCGAGCUCAAGGGCAUUUGGUCAAUGACCAAGACCGACCCGCUGUCGCCCAUCUCCCAUUACUUCCGCAAUAUGGUCCUGCCCGGUGCCGGUCUGGGUCUGGAGGGCUACGUGCUCUUCUCCAUCGGUAACCUCAAGCCGCUGUUCGAGUCGACCUUUGCCAAUUGCUGGAAGAGCAAGCACGGGAUUUGCAACCCCCAAUGGGUGAACGCUGUUGACUAUCUGGAGAUUGCCGGUAUUAUCGUCGGUCAGAUCCUGGUCGGUUUCUUGGGUGACUGGAUUGGUCGUCGCUGGGGUUUGAUUCAGGAUGCUACUAUCAUGUUGCUCGGUCUGGUCAUGCUCACCGCCGCCUGGGGUGUCACCCAGAACGGCUGGGUGAUUUGCUAUGCCUGGUCGCUGUUCAUCUACGGUAUCGGUGUGGGUGGAGAGUACCCUAUGACGGCUACCAGCGGUAUGGAGAAUGGCGUCGGCUCCGGCAAGGUCUCCACCAAGGAGGACCGUCUGCACCGUGGCCGCAAGGUCACCAGUGCCUUCUUGAUGCAGGGCUGGGGUCAGUUCUUCAACCAGGCCCUGCUGAUCAUCCUUCUGCUCUGCUUCCACCACGGCAGCGGCAACAACCCCUACUCGGCCGUGGCCACCCAGUGGACCUACCGUGUCUCUUUCGCGAUCCCCGCGGUCGGUACCCUCUGGCUCGUCUACUACCGUGCCUACCACAUGAAGGCGGCCAGCAAGCAGCUGGCGGCGGCCAAGAAGAAGGCCUCGGUCACCGGCUAUGAUGCCAACUCGCUGCGCCUGACCUUCAAGUACUUCGGCUUCCGCAUUCUGGCCACGUCGGGCGCCUGGUUCGCCAACGAUGUCUUCUUCUAUGGCAACAAGCUGUUCCAGAGCGAGUUCAUCAAGGUCAUCAGCCCCGAGACCCACUCGGUCAUGCCGACCUGGCUCUGGAACCUAUGCAACACCGGAGUGUCGCUGUGCGGCUACUACAUGGCCUCGUUCCUGGUCGACAGCAAGCUGUAUGGCCGCAAGUGGAUGCAGAUUAUUGGAUUCUUGCUCUGCUUCGUGCUGUUUAUUGUCCCGGCCUUCCACUUUGAGUACUACCGCGCGCCCGAGAACAUUAAGAAGUUCCAGGCCAUGUACUUCCUCAGCUCCUUCUUCAACCAGUUUGGCCCCAACUCGGUCACCUUCCUGGUGGCCGCCGAGGUGUUCCCCACCCCGAUCCGAGCCUCCGCCCACGGCAUGUCGGCCGCGGUCGGUAAAUCGGGUGCCCUGUUGGCCUCGGUGCUGUACAACUACAUCGACACGCAGACCAAGUUCUACGUGGUCCCCUGGUUCGGUCUGGCCGGCAUGGUCCUGACGGCCUUCUUCCUGCCGGACACCACCGGCCUGGACCUGAAGGAGCAGGAGCGCCGCUGGGAAUUCCUCCGCGCGGGUCGUGAGGACGAGUACCACGGCCCCGCCGUCCACCCCAAGCACCUGUCGUGGUACGAGCGCUGGGUCCUGCGCAAGGGCCGCUUCUACGAUGCCGAGCGUGACUACCAGAUGAAGGUCGAGGAAUACCGUGCCGAGUGGGAGGCCGCCAUGGCCCAAAAGGUCACCGAGAAUGAGAAGAGCGGCGAGUCUGCCGACACCGACGAGUCUCUGCUCGAGGGCCAUGUCCACACCUACUUCCACCGCACCAGCCCCAUGUUCAAGGGUAUGGAGAAGCCUGUGACGGCCAAGCAAGAUUCCUUUGCUCUGCCGCCGGCUGCGGAGGCUGACUCCGAAGACACUUACUCGAACGAGAAGUCUUCGCGGUGA